CCAUUUUAGCAAUGUUAACACGGCCUUGAGAGAUGUUGCAGGUGACGUCAACAUGUUUGUGUGGUGCCGCCUUGUAGUGGUGCCGAGGGUGCCAAGCUGCUAUCAUGUGGGUACUUCCACUCCGCUCUACCUUCUCCCUUCCCAACCAGCUGCUGCGGCUGGCGUCGACGCAGGCACCGCAGAUGCCGCCGUGCCAGUACCAGCCUCCACCCUAUAAAGGCCCCGAUUAUGAUGCAUUACGGGCGGUGAGGAGAGACAAGCUCAGCCCCGCCCUCGUCACACACUUCUCACAGCCUCUCCUUAUACACAACGGCUACAUGCAGUGGCUCUUUGACCACACUGGCAAGAGGUACCUGGAUCUCUGCGGUGGAAUUGUCACUGUCAGCCUUGGCCACUGUCACCCGAAAGUAAUAGCAGCAGCCACAGAGCAGAUGAACAAACUUUGGCACACGACUAACAUCUACCUACACCCAAAGAUUCAUGAAUAUGCGGAGCGACUUGUCCAGACACUUCCUGGAGACCUAAAUGUUGUUUAUUUUGUAAACAGUGGGUCUGAAGCCAAUGACCUAGCGAUGAUGAUGGCCAGGCUGUACACCGGACAUUUUGACAUAGUGUCACUAAGAAACUGCUAUCAUGGAGCCUCUCCUUAUACAUCUGGGCUUACUGCUCAUGGAACGUGGAAAUUCAACUUUGCUAAUGGUUUUGGUAUUCACCACGCAACAAAUCCCGAUCCCUAUGGAGGACUAUGGGGUGGAUACCGUGACUCUCCUGUGCAGUCUGUUCGAGCCAGGGAGAGUGAGCUGGUGGAUGGAGUAUGUUCCUCAGCAGAGAAGUAUGUUGGUCAGCUGGAAGAAAUUCUCACGUACUCUCUGCCAAAAGGAAAACUUGCAGCUUUUUUUGCCGAGACUAUUCAGGGUGUUGGAGGAACAAUUCAGUUUCCCCUGGGUUACAUGAAGAAAGCUUUUGAUCUGGUGCGUUCACAUGGAGGAUUGUGCGUUUCUGAUGAGGUGCAGACUGGCUUUGGCAGAACAGGGGAGCACUUCUGGGGUUUUGAAGGACAUGGAGUAGUACCUGACAUUGUGACCAUGGCUAAAGGCAUUGGCAAUGGAUUCCCUCUUGCUGCUGUUGUUACCACACCUGCAGUUGCCAAGACCAUGUCACAAGCCUUGCACUUCAAUACAUUUGGUGGUAAUCCAAUUGCCUCAGCAGUUGGAUUAUCUGUUUUAGAGACUAUUGAGGAAGAAAAGACACAACAGAAUGCCCUUGAGGUUGGAACAUAUUUCCUACAAGGUUUGGCUAAACUCAGAGAAGAUUAUCCAGUUGUGGGAGAUGUACGUGGUAAGGGCCUGAUGAUUGGUGUGGAGAUGGUGGAGGAUGAAGCUCUGCGCACUCCACUUGCUCCGCAGACCAUGAUGGAGAUAUUUGGCUUUUGUAAGGACCAGGGUAUCCUCUUGGGAAAAGGAGGCUAUUAUGGAAAUGUCUUCAGGAUUAAACCUCCAAUGUGUAUUACACAUGCUGAUGCAGACUUCGCUUUAGCUGUGCUGCGGCAAGCAUUGGAUACCAUCUGCAAAUAAGUCCUAACUCCAAGUGCAGCUUUGACCUCUGAUACUGUGGAUUUGCUUCCCACUGCAAAUUUUUAAAAACUGUAUUAUCCCUCAAGUGGCAAGUUUCUACAGUAGUACUGGGACAGUAUUAUAAUGGAAAAAGCCUCCUGCUAAUGUUUUUGCCCUAAAUUAUAUACACUAACGUAUUUUUUUUAUAGCAGAUAUAUAGUAUUACUAAAAUAUAAAAAAAAAACAUGCAGCAAAUUUUUUUGUUUCAAUUUUCAUUUAUGACAUGGAUUAAAUAAUUUAUGAAAUUAAAAGAGAACCGAAUGGAAGCGUGAUUAAGGGCCAUGGACCCUGUGAUUCAACACAGCCAGGGCAAUGCUUACCCAAUGGUCUGUGAUCCAGUAGUUAGGGUCACACUGCAACUGCCUUACUGGCUACUAAACAGUUUAGGUUCCUCAAGAUACAUCCAAAAUUUGCUGCAUUUAAUUUUCAGAAACUGGCAACAAAUUAGUUUUACUGGACAUUUAGUCAUCUGGGUAUCAACUCCAAUGAACUGGCUGAAUAAAGGGCAAAAAUUUACCAUUCAGACACCCAUACUCUUGAAGCUUAAUGCCAUUCCCAGCUAUACUGGGUUAGAAGAAAAGGCGAGAGAAAAAAAUUGCAUUACAGUAUAUUUAUUUGGACUAACUAAAUUUACUCUAAUCUUAAUUCAUUAUGUAUGCACAAUAUAUGACUUUAAUAAUGAAUAAUUCUCUAAUCAGUACUGUAUACUGUACUGAAAAUAUAUAUUUAAAAUAUAUAGAACAAAAAUAUA